AUGAAGCUGCUCGGCGUCGUCGUUUUUAUUAUUGUGCACUUGGUCAACUCCGUUCCAAUUCCAUGUGAAACUCCCAUCAGUAACAAACUGACGCCCUUUUUUCUUCAACAAGUGCAUCUUGUAGAUUCUGUGCAUUCGCCUAGUCUCGCCGGACAACAAUUGAAUCAGGCUUAUUUGGAUAUAUUACCUGUCGAUCGCCUGCUCUACACCUAUUAUCGAAAUGCUAAUUUGAGCGUCGAAGGCAUUGAACCUUUGGGUGGAUGGGAAUCACCGGAGAGUGAUAUUCGUGGCGUUUUUCUUGCAUUCUAUCUGCAAGCAUCGGUCAAAGCCUAUCUAGCCUAUAAUAACACACGUCAAUUAGCUAAAGCUCAGCAACUUGUGGAACAACUUAGUCGUGUGCAGAAAAUCCUCAAUGACUCUGGCUUUCUUGCCGCAUGGCCAUCGGAAAAUUUGCGCAAGCUAGAACGCUUGGAAAAAGUGUGGGCACCUAUCUAUUGCUACGAAAAACUUCUUCGUGGUCUAUCUGACAUGUAUACGUUUACUGGUAUGACCCUGGCCGGAAGCAUGAUGCACGAUAUGCUCGACUAUUUAUACACCUGGAUGGUACAUUGUGCAAAUACUUAUCCUGCGUCUCACUGGCACACUAUGAUAUUUAGUACGACAGAUUAUGAAUAUGGUGGCAUAAGUGAGUUUCUUUAUGAACAGUAUGGUCUAACGCGGGAUGAACGCUUCUUUUGGAUGGCGCAACAAUUUGACGAUGGCCAAUUUCUCGGUGCGCUCUCGCUUAAUGCCGACUUUUUACAAGGUAUACAUGCCAACUCACACGUACCGCCUGUGUUAGGCAGCGGUCGACGUUAUUCGAUUACAGGCGAACAGCAAUAUCGGGCAAUUCUCGAAAAUUUCUUUUCCCUAGUGUGGAAUAAUCAUACAUAUUCCACCGGCGGAUCGAAUGGUGGCAACGGAUCGGUUGGUUUCUACCAGCAAGAACACUAUAGUGAUCCAAAUCGUUUAUCGCAAACUCUAUGGAAUAAUAAUCAAGAAUUUUGCGUUCAAUACAAUAUGCUCAAAGUAAUUCGAGUUCUGAUCGAAUGGACAGGCCAGGUGGAAUUUAUGAACGCCUAUGAGCGAGUCUUUGUUAACAGUAUUUGGGGUACGCAAGAUCCGAGUGGACCUGGUCACAUGUUGUAUAGUUAUCCAUUAGGCGAAGGUGUGAGCAAGCCGACGGCAGUGAGUAGUGGAGGUAUCGGCUAUGGAUCACAAUUCGAUAGCUUCUGGUGUUGUUACACAACAGCAAUUGAUCAGUGGACUAAAAUGAGCGAUUCAAUCUAUUUUUUUCAAGUAGAAAAUGAAGCAUCAUCACUCUAUGUUAAUCUGUUCGUCGCAUCCCAACUCGACUGGCAAGCACACGACAAUUUGUCAAUUCGACAAACAACAACCUUUCCUCGAGAGACAACAACUGUCUUAACUGUCGCCACAAUUCUCGAUGCUGUGCCAUUCCGGAUUUACCUGCGCGUUCCUUCAUGGAUCGUUGCCAAUGAAUCUUGGAUUGAAAUAAAUGGAGUUCGUCAACAAAUGACACUGACGCCUUCGACCUAUGCCCUUCUCGCAUCAACUAGCUGGAAAAAUAAUGAUCGUAUUGUUUAUAAUAUGGCCAUGCAGUUACAUGUCGAACCUAUUAAUGAUAAUCCACAGUUGGUAUCUAUUUUAUUUGGACCCAUUGUUCUUGGAGGUUUGAUAAAUAAAGCAAAAACAUUAUCGCGAGACGUGACUUCCAUCCGACAAGUGAACACAACAGCGUACGAACCCCUUCAGUUCGAAGCAACUGCCUUGGAUGGCUCCACUUUUCGACUUUUACCCUUGUACGAAAUUGUAAAUCAAACGUAUACAGUUUAUUUUCCUCUCGAGUAA